ACUCCUUUGUUUCAGCAACCGAACAAUGUUCACUGAUUAAACAAGCUACAAAUCUUUGAUCUUCUCAGCAUACUUUCACUUCAGUCAACAAUGAAGAAGACACCAAUCUCUGCAUCCAAACAAUACAUUCACUCUCUUCUUAAACCCUAUAAACCUUCCACAACCACCCAUUUCCGUCGCUUCUCCGUCGCACCGGACUCACCACAACCACCGUCACAAGAAUUAACACAACCCAUAAUCACCCAGAUCACCACCACCGACAAUUGGACAACAAACACCACUCUCAAUCAACAAAUCCUCUCAUUAACCCCUCAAUCUCUCAUCAAAAUCGCUCGUGAGUUUCAAACUUCAACUAAAGCUCUUAACUUUUUCAAUUUCAUUCGUGAAAAUGAAAACCCCUCUUUGUCUCUACACCCACCUCCGUUAGAUUCUAUAUUUCAAACUGUUAUUCAGCUUGCAAUACGUGAAGGUGAUUAUGCUUCCAUUGUUGGUUUGUUUAAUCUUUCAAAGGAAGUUAAAGUUUCCCUCACAAACCACUCAGCAAUCAGGUUAAUUAGUUACUUUUCUUGUUUAAAUAAGGUUCAAGAUUCGAUGUUAGUGUAUGAUAAUUUAGACCCAGAUGUGAAAAACACUAAUGUGAGAAACAUAGUACUUGAUUUGUUGUUGAAAUCCGAAAGGUUUGACGAUGCACGCCAACUGCUCGACGAAAUGCUUGAACCGGAUGCUAAGUUUCCGCCUAAUGAGAUAACGUUAAACAUUGUGUUUCCGGUCUUGUUGAGACGUGAUUGGGGAAACCGGACUGAUGAUUUCAUUGGUUUGGUUCCGAAAUUUGGGGUACACGGUGUGUUUCCUAAUAAACUUUUGCUGACUAAAUUGAUCACCAAGUUAUGUAGGAGUUGUAGAAAUGAGAAAGCUUGGGAUUUGUUGCAUGAAUUGAUGAAGUUUGGGAAGGUCGAAGCUGCACCGUGUAACGCCCUUUUAUCAGGGUUGGCGAGAGAGCGAGACUACAAAAAGAUAAACGUGUUGUUAAAAGAGAUGAAGGAGAAUGAGAUCAAGCCUGAUAUUGUGACGUACGGGAUGGUCGUGAAUCACUUGUGCAAGUCUCGUAGAGUGGACGAGGCGUUGGAUAUGUUUAAACAGAUGAAGGAAGGAAGCGAUGGGAUCUCCGUUAAACCUGAUGUGAUUCUUUACAAUACGCUGAUUGACGGUUUAUGCAAAGUAGGAAGGCAAGAAGAAGGUGCAGCGUUGAUGAAACAAAUGCGUUUAGAAGAUAAUUGUAUCCCUAAUGUUGUAACCUACAACUGUUUGAUUGACGGGUUUUGUAAAUCCGGUGAAAUCGAACGGUCUCAAGAGCUGUUCGAUGAGAUGAACAACGAGGGUGUAGAUCCAAACGUGAUUACAAUAAACACUUUGGUGGAUGGAAUGUGUAAACACGGAAGAAUCGGUAACGCAAUGGAAUUUUUUAGGAAAAUGCAAGAAGAAAAGGGGAUUAAAGGGAACGCGGUUACAUACUCUACGUUAAUUUCCGCUUUUUGCAGUGUUAAUAAUAUUGAAAAAGCGAUGGCAUUGUUUGAUGAAAUGGAAUCCGUUGGCUCUCCUGAUGCGCUUGCGUACUACAGCUUAAUUUCCGGUUUGACUUUAGCUGGAAGACCGGACGAUGCUAGUUUUAUCGCUUCAAAAAUGAAAAAAGCCGGAUUCCAAAUGGAUCUUGUAUCCUACAACACUUUAAUAGGGGGAUUUUGUAGAAAAAAGAAACUCGAUAAAGCGGUUGAAAUCCUUAAAGAUAUGGAAGAAAAUGGAGUGAAAGCAGAUGGUGUCACUUACAAUACUCUAAUUUCGUAUUUUAGUCAACACGGGGAUUUCGAAUCUGCUCAUAAGUUUUUAAAACAAAUGAUAAUUGACGGGAAUGUCCCUACAGUAGUCACAUACGGUACUCUGAUUCACGCGUAUUGUCUAGCUGGAAAUCUCGACGAGGCUUUGGAUAUCUUCGAUAAGAUGCUCGUAUCAUCAAAGGUUCCUCCGAAUACGGUUAUAUAUAAUGUAUUAAUCGAGUCUCUUUGUAAGCGUGGGAAAAUAGAUCAUGCUCUUUCGUUAAUGGACGGGAUGGUCCAAAAGGGUGUUAGAUCGAAUACUACCACGUAUAAUGCAAUGCUUAAGGGGCUUUCGAGUAAAAAUAGGUUGCAAGAAGCACUUAGACUUAUGGAUCAGAUGACGAAUCAGGCGUGUAAUCCUGAUUAUGUCACGUUGGAGAUUUUAAACGACUGGCUUGAUGCCGUUGGAGAGAUUGAGAAGUUGAGGAUGUUUGUACAAGGAUAUCAAGUGUCCUCUGUUGCGGCAACUACAUAGAUAUAGAGGUUCGUCUUUUUUAGCGUUGUUCGACUUACUUUUUGUUAAACUGAUUAAGACUUGAGAGAUGUUAUGAUUUUAUUGAAAUUACUUGUUUUUUAGUUCUUAA